GGUGGGCAAGUCCGUGUGGAAUCGACACAGAUCGUAUAAAGCUUGUGGUUGUUCUAUCGAUUAUUCGAUAAUUUAUUCAUGUUGGCCGAUGAAGGGUCUGUUUUGUCCGAAGCUAUAUUUAUAUAUGAAACGUACACAAACGUGAAAAAAUAUACAUAUAAAUGUUUGUACUGGCGAUCGAUUCGACAGUCGCGUUCAAGUCCGGCAAGUCGUGUGUAGUCGGCCUCGGGCAUUCUGUCACGAAGCAUUCAACGAACUCGAGAAUCUCUUGACAUCGAAAAGGACGAAAAAACAAAAAUCGAAAACUAAUUUGCGAGAUUUUUCGAUGUUCAAUCCUGACGAGGAUUUGACAGAGAAACGACUCAAAGUCGUUCUUGUCGGCGAUUCGGCUGCAGGUAAGACAAGCAUCGCAGUAAAAUUCUGCAACGACGAGUUUUCCAGACAAUACACGCCUACGGCGGGAAUCGAUUUUUUUACGAAAAGUCUCAGUCUCGGCUUUCGCAGAAACGUUAAUCUUCAGUUAUGGGAUGUCGGCGGUCUCGCUCUCCGUGGCUCCAUGCUCGACAAAUAUAUUUAUCGUGCCGAUGUCAUUCUUCUCGUCUACGACGUGACGAACAGUUCUAGUUUCGAUAUUCUUGACGAAUGGAUAUCGUCGGUAAACGAAAUCUUCGAGAGCAGCAGUGUACAUAAAAAACCAUUGAUGGUUAUGGUCGGUAACAAAUGUGACGUUGAGCACCAGAGAACCGUAAAACGAGAAAAAUCGCAUCGAUUUGCAGCAGAAAAUGGUUUCUCCUAUUACGAUAUGUCCGCCAGAACUGGUGAAUCGGUGUCUCUGUGCAUCGCGAACGUGGCAGCCAAAGUAUUAGGUGUUCAGUUGACGAGAAUGGACCAAGAUUUGCACAAGCCAAUUGUAAUUGCUGAGAUUGGAGACACCGUCGAUAUUUCGAGUAUCCAGAGAGUGGUGAAACGAUAUCCGAACAAGAAGGCGUUUCAAUUGAACGGUAAUUCGUCUCUUCCAAUAUCGAGGUCAGCGGUUUGCUGUUUGCAGUGAAAACGACAAUAAGAGGAAGAGGAAAUCACAGAAGUGAUCGAUGUCAGGGAUUUGGAAAUCGGUACGAGAAUGAAAGCAGCGUCAGUUGAAGAAUUUCAUACGUUUAUAUAUGCGUGCGUGUAAAUCAACAGUGCCUUAUCUUCGACAGACGAGAAAACAUCGUCGAAUAUUUGUGUAACAAAUUAAAUCAUUCAUUUUCGUGAGGUUUAUUCCGAGAGACAAACAAUUAUUUUCUCACGAUUGUUCGAAAAAAAUACUCACACGAGACAAGUUUCAUUGACAAACUGUCAGGAAAUUCGAUGUGGAGAUAAUGAAAUUUUUAACAACUACGAUAACGAUGUUACGGGCUACAUUUCCGUUUUACAAAACUGCGUAACGAUUAUAUUUGGGAAAUUUUCUUAUAUUUUUGCAUUAACAAAAUCAACGACUAAUAAAACGAUACGUCCAAGUUUUAUAAA